CCGCAAACACACAAACAUCCACAGGCCACAUAUAGUAUCGUUACCACCAGAGUCAACGGCAUAUCGACUCCUGAAGAGGCGCUCAGCUUCCACAGGCCGUCCUUGUCUUCCAUCGACUUGACCCGUCACAAAUUCCUAUUCCCAUUCCCACAUUCCCACGCCCGAAAAGGCUUCCCAUCCCCAUCCCAUCCUCACCGCAACCAUGAAAGUUCUCGCCGUCUGCGAAGCCCUCUACGACUACGAGCCGCAGUCGGACGAGGAGCUCGCUCUCGUGGAGGGCGACUUGCUUCUUAUCAUCGAGAAGGAUGAUGCUGACUGGUGGAUGGCCGUGCAGCGGCCCAAGGAUACGUUCGCUGAUGUGAAGACGGGGUUGGUGCCGGCUUCUUAUGUUAAGGAGGCAGAACCGCUGACGGUUGGCACUGCGCUAUACAACUACGAAGCUGCCACCUCCGAAGAACUCACUUUCCCAGAGGACGUUCAGAUCCAGAUCUUCGAAAACACUGAUAUCGACUGGUGGUUUGGCCGGUACGAAGAUCAGGUCGGACUCGUUCCUGCCACAUACAUAGAAGUCGCCGAAACCAACGGAGCCGCCGUCAAUGGGGCCGGGACGCACGCUGAUCAUGCUCCAUCUCCCGCCCACGCUGCACUUCCUUCCCCGGUGAAGGAGACGCCGCAGUCACAUCCUGGCGGUGGCGUGGAAGAUGCUGAAGCGCAGAAAAAGCAGUUGCUGUCGGCGUUGGGAGGGUUUGGAUUCGAUCGACCAAAGGCGGCGCCUCGCCAUACGUCUAUCGAGAACUUGGGACCUGAGGAUAUCAACUACUAUGCGGUCACGGAAGUUGAUAAGAAGAAGAAAAAGAACAGCCGGAAGGGUUUGAUGGGUAUUAGUGAUGAGUUUGUUCUUUAUUUCAUUUCAGACUUGAAGUCAAAAACAUUGUUGUCGAAGUGGGAGAUGAGCCAGAUCAGCAAGUUCAGCGAAAAGAAAUCGAAAAAGCUAAUUCUGGAGAUUUCGGGAGAAGAGCACCAGUUCGAAGGCGAGAAACAGGACGUUCUGGCUCUUUUAUCUAGGCUCCAAACUCUCGAAAACAAGAGGCAAACAGGAGGCUCAGGUCCACACCACGACGCCCCUCCAAGAUCCGCAAACCGAACGUCCAUGCCCCCGCCUUCAGCGACUCCACCCGCCAACAUCACCUCCACCCCGUCCCCGGUUCGCACGACAACCGCCGCGCCACUUCCCGUCGUCCCCGUCGCCUCACCCGCCCACGUGAGCACGCCUCAACACGGACAAGGGGAGUCUCGGAAGAUCGCCAUCGCGUUGUAUGAGUAUGAGGCCACGAAUGAGGAAGAGUUGACGAUCAAGGAAAAUGACAAUCUGUUGGUUCUUGAUGAUUCGGAUGAGGAGUGGUGGUUUGUGAGAUUGAUUUCGAAAAAGGGGAGGGAAGGGUUGGUCCCUGCUUCUUAUGUCGAGUUGAAACGACCUAAUGUGGACGGAGGAGCUGCACCAGGGCCUGCUCAAAUGCUGGAAGACGAGGCGCAAAAAGAGCGGCAGCGCCGGCAAGCACAGGAGGAAGCCAAGAUUCAGAUGCGGAUGCGACAGCAAGAAGAGGAAAAGCGGUUCCGCGAUCAGCAGGAGAAACAACUCCGUCAGCAAGAAGAGGCCAGGAAGGAAGAAGAGAAGGCCAAGAGGGAAGAAGAGGCUCGGAGGCAACGCGAAGAACAAACACGGAAGCAGGAGCCCCCGGCCCAACCACCACGUCCGCCUGCUAUUCCUGAACGUCUGCCGGGGGUUCCCGAACCCCCAGCCCGUCCGACCCCAGCGAUUCCUUCCAAUCGCCCAACCGACACGAACCCAGCCACAUCUGCUCCGCAGCUGUUCCCGCGUCCAACGCCGUCGGCUGCAUCGGUAACAGCGCCCGCACCGGUUCUUCCUGCCAGACCGCCGCCAAUUCAAGGGAGAACCUCAGGGUUCCCGAAACCGUCACAAAGCGAAGGAGCCGGAAAAGUACCAGCGGCCAGCAAACCAGAUACGCAGGACAAACCCGACCCGAAGAAACUGCGGUGGUGGACAGACCGAUCCGGCACCUUCAAAGUCGAAGCUGAAUACAUUGGCGUCGGCAACGGCGAAGUCCAGCUCCACAAAACCAACGGCGUCAAAAUCGGCGUUCCGCUAUCGAAAUUAGACCCAAAAGACGUGGAAAUCAUUCGCAGGAUGCCGGGCAACGAGCACCUCCAAGUCCCAAACGGACCCGCAGCCCACCCCUCGGGCCCCCGAGGCGCAGGCCCAAGCGUCGCCACCCUCGCCGCAGCAGCCAGCGUCCCCGUCCCCUCCGCCGCGAGCGCCACCUGCAUCUACAACGGCUUCGACUGGAAAGAGUUCCUGAUCAGCGCGGGCGUUUCACCUGGUGACGCGGUCAUUUACGGACAGAAGUUUGUCGGCGAGAAGAUGGACCGGACGCAUUUACCGGAUUUGGAACGGGAGUUGUUAAGGAAUUUGGGCGUUUCUGAAGGUGAUAUCUUGAGGAUUCGGAAGGCGUCGAGUGGGCAGGGGAAGCCGAUGGGUGCGGCGAAUGAAAAGGAGAAUGCGGCUUUGCAGAAUAAUUUGAUGUUUUUGAAUAAACAGCAGACUGGCGGGUCGGAUGGUGGUAGGCCCGGAAUUCCUCGACGAUCCUCAAAGCCCAAUGCACCCGGUCCAAACCUCCAUAGCAUCCAACAAGCCGCCGAUCUUCUAAAAGCCAGCUCAACGGGACCAGGCAGCCGUCACAUGUCCCCGCAGCCAUCUCCUCCCGGCACGCCCCACGGCCGCGGCUCCUUCAGCAAUCUCGCCGGCGCGAGCAGCAAAGCUCACGAUCCAUGGGCGAUCUCCCACCCCGCAUCUGGACUCAACAAACCACCCGUCACCUCCGGCGUCGCACAACCACAACCCACAAACAAUAACGCCGCCGCUGCGAUCGCCAACGUCAACAACGCCGCUAACCAGCAAGCCAUCCUCUUGGCGCGCAAACAACAGGCCGAGACGCAAGCCGCGUUGCAACAAGCCCAACAAGCACUCCUCAAAGCGCAAGAACAGGCCCGGCAGACCGCCCAAGUGCAGGCGCAGGCGGCCCUCAUGAAGGCCCAGGAAACGGCCCGACAAGCCGCACUGGUGCAGCAGCAGGCUGAACAGGCACUUUUGACCGCGCAGCAAUCUGCUGCGGCGAGAGCACAACAGCAGAUGCAGCCACCCCAAUUGGGCAUGCCGUCUAUGAUGCCCCCGCUCACGAGCUUUGCGGCCGCCCCGCAGCCGCAACCGGUCAUGGCACCACCCCGCCCGGCGGCCCUGCCGCCACCGCUGAUACCCGCGACUACCAACCUAGGGAACGCGCCGGGGUUCAUUCCUGUCGGUGGUGGGAAUGUCAGGCCACAGCAGCCGAAUGUGCCGUUCCAGCAGGGGUUGGGUGGGUUCCAGGGUGGAGCCGUUAAUCCGCAGGGUGGCGGCGAUCGGUACUCGGUGUUCAAGGAAUUAGACCCCAUGGCGCCUUCCAUGUUCACCAACCCACAACAGCUAAACCAACAACAACAAAACCUAUCCCGCUCAAACCCCGCCCUCGCCCAACAAAACACCUUCACCAACGCCCCCACACCGAACAUGUCAACAGGCCUCCCCAGCCCGGCCCUUUCAUUCACCGGAUCAACAUCCUCUGCAAAUUCGGCGUUUUCCAAUCAACAACAAAAUCGAAACAGCGCGUUUGGAGGUGUAGGCGGUAUCCCCCAACAACAGCAAGGGGGAGGUGCAGGCUUUUUGCAGGGCGUCGCGAGGGGGCCUCAACAGGGGUUCGGCGGUGCACCGCAACAGCAACAGCAGUUCGGGCAACAGCAGCCGCCACAACAACAGUUCGGACAACAGCAACCGAUGAUGGGCGGCUUCAACAACACCACACCUGGGUUCGGAAACACCCCAAUGGGAAUGGGCAUGGGCAUGGGCAUGGGCAUGCCUGGACAGAUGGGGUUCAAUAAUACCGGUGGUGGGAUGGGUGGGAUGGGUGGAAUGGGUGGUGGGAUGAAUAUGGGCGGCGGGAUCAACCCGCAGCAGGGGCAGAUGGGAAUGCAGCCGGGGAUGCAGCCGGGGAUGCAGGGACAGCAGCAGGGCAUGAUGGGGAACAUGGGCAUGGGCGGGAUGGGGAUGGGGAUGGGUAAUAAUCAGAUGUAUAGAUAGGCUGCCCCUUUCUCUCGCAUCUUUCUCGGUUCCACCUUUCUUUUUUUUUCGACCCGGAAACUUAGAUAAUG